GAAAAUCGCUGAACUAUGAGUGCAGAGCUAAACAGGGACUACGAGAUUGGGCAGGAGAUCGGCCGCGGUCGGUUCGGCGUCGUCCGCCGCUGCGUCUCGCGCUCCACCGGCGAGCCCUUCGCCGUCAAGUCCGUGGACCGCUCCAGCCUGGCCGACGACCUCGACAGGGAGCUGGCGGAGCUGGAGCCGAAGCUAGCCCAGCUCGCCGGCGCGGGGAACCCGGGCGCCGUGCAGACGCACGCGGCGUACGAGGACGACACGUGGACGCACACGGUGAUGGACCUCUGCUCCGGCCCUGACCUGCUCGACUGGGUCCGGCGCCGCCGCGGCGCGCCCGUGCCGGAGCCCGUCGCGGCCGACAUCGUCGCGCAGGUGGCCCAGGCGCUCGCCCUCUGCCACCGGCGCGGGGUGGCCCACCGCGACAUCAAGCCCGACAACAUCGUCCUCGACGAUGUCGAGGAGGACGGUGAGGAUGUUUCGCCGCGCGCGCGCCUCGCGGACUUCGGGUCGGCGGCGUGGAUCGGCGGCGGCCGCCGUGCGGAGGGGCUGGUGGGCACGCCCCACUACGUGGCGCCCGAGGUGGUGUCGGGCGAGGACUACGGCGAGAAGGCGGACGUGUGGAGCGCGGGCGUCGUGAUGUACGUGCUGCUCUCCGGCGGCGCGCUCCCGUUCGGCGGCGAGACGGCCAAGGACGUGCUGUCGGCGGUGAUGCGCGGCAGCGUCAGGUUCCCGCCGAGGUUGUUCUCCGGCGUGUCCCCGGCCGCCAAGGACCUGAUGAGGCGCAUGAUGUGCCGCGACGAGUGGCGGCGCUUCUCCGCCGAGCAAGUUCUACGCCACCCGUGGAUCGUGAGCGGCGGAGGAUCCCGAGCCAUGGAGCAGCCGACCUGAACGGCGGCGACCGAGUCGACCUGAGACUCAGAGCAGAGGCGAACUAGACGUCCAAGAUCUUGGGCAUUGUAGAGAAAGCAGAGACACUCCGGCCAGCCGACGCUGUGAAUACGUACGGUUUAUGUACAAU